CUCGUCCGGAUCACGUGACCCAGAGAGACGUUUAUUUUUUCCCACCACAAUGGCGCCAAGCCGUAUAUGUACAUUUAUAUGUAAUUUUAGUCUCUUCCGCGGUGGUUUUAUCGUUGUUCAGCACUGUUUUAGGAUGUAAAGAGAUGCAGUGUUUGCUGUCCCGCAUGAAAGGUGUUGAUAAGGUUGUGAUCAGGGAUGGAGUGAAUACAAGAGUUCAGUAUUCGAAUGCGAAUACGAAUACCCGGUACUUCUAAUUUCUAAGAAUACGAAUACAAAGAAACAGUGUCACUCCGAAUGCGAAUACAAAUACUUUAUGAGAGUACAGUAUUCAUGAAUGCAUUCAUGAAUACUAUUGGUUAGACAGCUAAUGUUUAUUGCUUUAAGUAAGAAUCCCCAAUAGUGGACUGUAAGAAAUUAUGACAAGGUAAAGAUGUCAGCGCGCAUCAAGAGACAGCUGAGCAAGGCUGUGGGCUCAGCUGAGGGGGGAGGGGGCGCCCCAUCUGCUGCUGCACGCAAAAAGCGCCGCAUUGACAACUCUGGUUCAGACGAUGAAGAGCGAUCUGUAUGGACACCUAAACAUCUGGGCGAUCUGCGGGCAUACAACCGGUCCGCUUCAGAGGCCCCGGCUGAGUUGUUUCGCAAGGACCUGAUCUCAGCAAUGAAACUUGCGGACAAUGAACCACUUAGUUCAGAUGAUUAUUGGGGCAUUGGUGAUCCGUGGAAGCAGGAAUGGGAACGGGGUGUCCAGGUCCCCGUCAACCCUGAUUCCCUACCUGAGUCUACUGUCACUGUCACUGUACAAAGACCACAGCGGGAUCGCGAUGCUAAUUUUCGGCUAACUAAGGACAAGUUUAUCCGCGUGAACCAUGAUGACUUCUUCAGUAACGAGCAGCACAUCCUCAGCAACCUCCCAACCAAGGCGGAGAAGAUGUGCCGCUACGACAUGGAUGAUCUAGAUGACAAGUGGUUAACUGCUUAUAAUGGAGAAAGAGCAAGAAUGGGUGCUGCACCAGUUCCACCACUGAUCUUUGAGAUGAUUGUCGAACAUCUUGAGGAGACGUGUUGGGAAAACAUCCACAAGAUGCUCAAAACAGAGGAAUCCCUCUCUAUUGAGUUUGAUGAGGAUGUGAUCUGCGAUGUUUGUCGAUCAAAAUGUUUAACUCAUCUCAAAACAGUCUACCCUACUGUUACUACGCAGCGUAAGACCCAGCGUCUUAGUGGCAGGGCAGCACUGCCAGACACACGACCUGACAGCGAAGAGGGGAACGAGAUGGUAUUUUGUGACUCGUGCAACAUAUGUGUACACCAGGCAUGCUAUGGAAUUACAGCCAUCCCUUCAGGUUCAUGGCUGUGCCGUACAUGCUCACUUGGCAUCAAACCUGAUUGUGUUCUCUGUCCCAACAAAGGAGGUGCAAUGAAGUCCACAAAAUCUGGACAGAAAUGGGCUCAUGUAGCAUGUGCAUUAUGGAUUCCUGAAGUGUCAAUUGGUUCAGUUGAGCGGAUGGAACCUAUUACGAAGAUCCCAAACAUACCACAAAGUCGAUGGGCGCUUGUUUGUGUGUUGUGUCGAGAACGUCGUGGGGCUUGUAUACAGUGCUCAGUCAAAACCUGCAAAACAGCCUAUCAUGUGACCUGUGCCUUCAAGCAUGGCCUGGAGAUGAAGGCCAUCAUUGAAGAUGAAAGUGCUGAUGAUGGGGUCAAGUUAAGAUCAUAUUGUGAGAAGCACAGUGUAUCAAGCAAGAAGAUUGGAAAUGAAGAUGCUGAGAGUGAGGAAGGUGAAGAGGGAGUCCCUAAAAAGAAGAAAGAUUGGACCUCGGAGCAAAAGAACCAAGCUCGUGCUGCUAAACUUCGACAAAUUGAAUCAGAGUUCUUCAAGCAUGUUGAUGUUCUUGAAACUUCAAACUUCCUAGAUAUAGAUUUUGAGACUACGGAAACUAUAUUUAAUUACUGGAAGCUUAAGAGACGGGCAAGUUUCAAUAAGCCUUUGUUGACACCACGUAGUGAGGAAAUUGAUCUUCUGUCCCAUCAACAAGAGCAUGAUAUUGAACGUAUGAAGAUGUUUGUACAGUUACGCCAGUACCUGGAGAGGGUUCGCAAUCUAUGCUAUAUGGUGAAUCGGCGAGAGAGACUUUCAAGAUCGUUUAUUAAGAUACGCGAGCAGACGUUCUCAAAACAAGUGUCCCUCCUAAGUAGUAAUAGUGUGAACCUGACCCCUCAGGAAAUAGAUGCAGUUAUGCAAGCCAAUCAUGGCCCCUCUGUGUAUGAUCAGCUGUACUCUCACCACACUGCCCCACUGCAUACCCAAAAGCAGUUUGAGAAGAUUGUUGCUUGUAUUGCUGGAACUCUAACUGAAAAAGCCAAGAGCAAAAAGCCACCCCAAAAGAAAGAUGUUAAUGGUCUCAUCAAACCUAAGAAGGAAAAAUCUGACAAUCCAUACAAGAAGUUGUAUGUCAAUGGUGCUGAACAGCGUCGCUCUCGUUCUAGUUCUAUGUGUAGCACCAGUGACUCGGACUCCUCUCUGGUGUCAACUAAAUGGACUCUCCCUCCAAAAGGCAAUGCACGUUAUUCUGUUUACACCAGUAGUGAGGAGGAAAUGAAUAAGGAGAAUCACUCCAUCAAAAUAGAGCCAGCAUCAAGCAAGAGCAAACUUACAUUCUUAGAGAGCAGUGACAAAGAGAAACCUGUAAUGGAAAGUGGGAGUGUGUCAGUGAGAGGGAGAGUUGGCAGAAGGAGAAGAGGGACUGGUCGAGCCAAUGCUAUUAAGAGUGCAUCCUUUAGGGAUCGUAUUCCUGCAUCUAGUGAUGAUAAAGAUACAAAAGAUUUUGAUGCCCUUAUACCAGAAAAAGAUAUCAAAAGUGAAAUAACUGCCUCAUCCUCUAAAACUAUUAGGGAACAUCCCAGUGUUGAAAGUUCUGAGGAUGAGACAGAGACAUUGAGUAAACCGAAACCACAACCUGGGAAAAGAAGAAAUAAGAAAAAAGUGACACCUCCCAAGGUUGAAUCUAGUGUAAGCAGUGAGGAUGAAACUUCAGUCACAGUUACUCCAAGUAAAGAGAAAAGAUGUAAUCGUAAAGGAAAAUGGGUGAAAAAUGUAGUGGGUAUUGAACCAACAACCGUGAGUUCUCCAGUAUGUGAACCUCCUAAGUUGGAGUUGAGUGAUGACGAUGAGUUGGGUCGUCCCACAUACAAACUGUCCAGUGACGAGGACAAUAGUGAGAAGAGUAAUGAUCCAACGGCUGUCAGUGGUGAUGUGUUUGGUGUAAGUGACCGGACAGACAGCAGUUCUGAUAAUGGUCGCAAUACGGCUUUAAGUAAAGGACCAAAGAAACGUGAUAAGAAGAGUGAAAUUACAUUAAGUGAUAGUGAUGUGAAUAGUGAUGAUGAAAAUAAAGAAAGUACCAUAGAUUCUCAAAACCAUGCAACUUUAAAGACAAAGGCAGCUAAGAAAGAAUUUACUCCAAAGAUUGAGGCAAAGGUUGAGAGAAUGAAUAAAAAGAAAAUUGAUAAGGGAGGAAGAACAGUGAAAAAGACUGUGAGUGUAGAAAAAGGGAAAACUGAAAUGAGACCAGCUGAUGAGGUUGAUCCUGAGCUCAUCAGCACAAAGAGCAGUGAGGUGGAGGCGACGCCAGGCCAUUUGUUUGUACCCCAGAGAAAGGCAGCAAAGAAGGCAUCAGAACUCAUCACUAGUCAAAAUACAACGAGUACAUCCUCUACCACUGUUGUGGCUGUUGCCACGCCUAUACCUGCAGAUACAACAACUGCUGAGGCAAAGAAGACUGCAGCAAAAUUAGUUAAAGAUGUAAAAGAGGAGUCCGAAGAGCCAGAGAUCAUUGAGGAAAGAAAAGUAGCAGAUGAGAAAAGAGUAACACCAACUAAAGGAAGAAAAGGGAAGAUUACCAAGGAUAAAAUUGAUAAAGGGGUUGAUGAUAUUAAAAUUGAGGGUGCUGAUGCUCCCAAAAAGAACUUAUUUGAUCCCCCUGAAAUUCUCCCUUAUGUACCUAUGCGUCAAGCUGCCAAGAAAGCCGCGGAGAACCUCAAAGGUGGCAACAGUAAAGUUGGUGUUUCUGUCACUGCUGGUCUUGAAGACCCUGAGGUGCCACCUGUCCCUGUCUUACCACCAGCAAAAACAAAAAGAAUCUCCCGUCAAGAGAGUAAAACCAGUGGGCGAUCAAAAUCCAAGUCACCCCGUGCAGCCAAGCAUCUUUCACCUGCCAACAUCACAAACUCUGAAUCAGAGAGUGAAUCAGAAAGUCAAGCAGCGGCAAGAAGAGUGCCAAAAGAUCAGAAAGAUGUGCAGAAGAUAUCAAAGUCCAUAUUUUCAGACAGUGAAGAAGAAUCUGUGGGCACAGUCAAAAAGGAGAAAGUCAUAAAAGAUAAACCAGAUCCAGUUCCUGAGACGAUAAAGGUGGCCCCAACAGGUGACCAGUUUUUUCGUGGAGAUAUUUUCGUCCGAGAAUACCAGAGCUCGUCAGAUGAAAAUGAGAAUGGAAGACCUACCACCCCAGGAAAGAAGGCACACAUAUCUCCAGCUCAUAAAUCAGUCAAUGAUUGUCAAGAGUCCUCCUCAAAGAGCCAGCCCUUUCGUGGACCCACAAACAUCUCGGGUGACCUUCGCCUCACCUCCGAUAGUGAUGAGAGAGAGGAUGAGAACCAGGAACCGGCAGUUGGAACCCUUAGGAAGGCCCCUGAUAAGAAGCUUAAAACUUCCGAAGGGCGGCCUGAACAUGGGUUUCAGCCGCCGAUUACUGAGAGAAGUGAACCCCGAGUGCCCACUGAGACGGAAGAUAGCAGUCCCAAACCAACUAUCAGAAGAGAGGCUGGAUUGGAGCCAAGAUUGCGUCAAAGUGGGGCUCAGUGCCGACCGAGAACUCCUUCUGGUGAUGUCCCCUUGCAAGACAUCAGAAGUAACUCUCAUGCGCCACCAAGAGGACCGAGAAGAGGAAGAGAGAGAGAACCGCAUUCACUCCCCCACAACCUUGGUGCCAGUCACAACAAACUCCUUGGUAAGCGAGAGAUACAGCUUGAGGAAUCACUCAAGUCCAGCAAGAAGGUCCCAGAGGGAAGCAGUGAAGAGAAGCCAACCCCAACACAAGGAAUCACCAGCUCCGAAAAGAAAGAGGCAUUGAAAGAGACAGAGCCAGCAUGGGAAAAGAUAGAUCUGUCCAGAGAAAAGAAACAAGCUCAAAAAGAAGAAGAGGUUCUUAAGGAUGAAGCUGUAUCCUUAAGAGAAAAGGAAAGUGUACAGAAAGAUAAGGCAGUGACAGAGAAAGAAACUGAAGCAACCCCAAGUUCAAAGACUGUUACAUCAAGAGAAGUUGAUCAGUCUUCGAAAGAAACUGACUCUUCAGAAAAUAUUGAUAUUAUAAUAGAAAAAGAAGUACAAAGAGAAAAGGUUAUACAUUCGAAAGAAAAAGUUUUGUCUCCAAGAGAGAAGGUACUUCCUUCCAGAGAAAGAGUGUUGCCUUCUAGGGAAAAAGUCUUGCCCUCUAGAGAAAAAGUUUUACCCUCUAGAGAAAAAGUUUUACCCUCUAGAGAAAAAGUUUUACCCUCUAGAGAAAAAGUUUUACCCUCUAGAGAAAAAGUUUUACCCUCUAGAGAAAAGGCUUUACCACCCAGAGAAACUUUGCCUCCCAAAGAAAAAAUUCUGCCACCAAGAGAAAAAAUUCUGCCACCAAGAGAAAAGGUUUUGCCAUUAAGAGAAAAGAAAGAUAUUUUAAGAGAGAAGGUCUUAUACAAAGAUAAGGAAACGUUACCAACCGAAAGAAAAGACUUCGUAAAAGAGAAGGAGUUAGUAAAAGAAAAAGGUGAGAUUGUGAGGGUUCAGGACCCCUUGGAAGACCAAUUGGAAUCCCAGAGAGAACAAUCACAGUCAUUAAGACAAACUUUGGAAUUGGUUAAAGAAAGUGAACAAACAAAAGAACCUGAAGUCUUGGAUAAGUUGGAAGAGGUAGCACAGGAACAAGUGGAAGUAGUCAGAGAUCUGGAACCACUAAGAAUAGAAACCAGAGCUGAAGAGGAGAUACCAGUGAGAAAAGAGGAAGAACCUGUGAGAACUGUGAUGCAAACACCAGCUGAAGCAGAGGCUUCUUCUGUAAGAGAAAAAGACUCUGUAGUAGAACGGUUAGAUAUAUCUGUAAAUAUAGAACAACAAAAGAAGCCUGGUGUGUUUGGGUAUGUUGAUGAGGAAGUAAAAGUUGGAAGAUUAGCGGACAUUGUCGAGACUUCUGACACAGAGCCAGACAACAAAAGGGUUCGCAUUGGUGACAGUGAUGAAGAUUCUGUGCUUGUGUCUGAAGAAAAGAGAGUAGAACAGCCCAAGGACAGUGGAUAUAAGAGUGCAAUAACUACACCUGAACCUGUAGAUAGAAUUCAACCUGUUUGUAAUGACCUGGUCAAUGUAAAUAGUAUUGUAAAUAAUUUUAUGCCUGAAGAGUCCUGUUUGGAAACAAUAGAUACAAACAGUAAAACCCCGGUGGUUGUACCAAGUACAGUGGAAUUCAAACAGACUGUCAAUAAAUUUGUUUCUCCAACGAGAAGAAAGAAUCUGGAAGAUGUCAUAGGGGAGAUGAAAAGGCAGGCUGAAGCACAACCUGAGCCCAGUAAUUCUUUACCUACUUCUGAAGUGCAGAUUGAACUUGCAGCUUCUCCACCUCACAGUCAGCCUAACUCAGCCAAUUUUUCUGUUCCUCCCCCAGAAUCUUCUGUUCCUUCUUCUCAGGCAUCAUCUGUGGAAACAUUAACUCCCAAGAGUGCAACUUCUCCAGUUGCUGCUAAUUUUGUGGAACAGUGGCGAGGUCAGUGGGUGAAAAGUCCGCCUCCACAGGAUCAUAAAGUGGAUCCUAGCAGUGGCACACACCUUCCACCUCAUUUGCCCAUGCCUGGUCUUGAUCUUGGCCUUCCUCCAUCUAUGUCAAUGUUAGAUUUACAACGAGCUAUGUACCCAGAUACACAACAUCGGCUGUUUACUCACUUUGAUAUUUUAAAUGCCCGUACUAUAUUGCCGUCAGAAGCUCUACUUACUAGCCGAUUACGCCAGAUUAUGGAGGCUGGUAUUCCUCCUCAGAUGUUUAAUCCAACAUUAGCGUAUUUACAACAACAAAGUGCCUCCGAAAUGGCAGCUCUCAGUCAACAACAGUAUGCACAGUCUUCUCGAGAAAAUCAAAUUCCAGAUAAAACUAAUGUAUGUUCUGCUCAGGAACUUGCGAGAUUACCCAGCCUUGAAAACCGGCCUCCCACUCCAGAAAUUCUUCCAACCAAUAAUAAGGCAAAUAACCGACCAGCAGCCUCAGGUACUAAAGUUGGGAAACCAUUACCCUCUCCUGGAUUGCCGAGCAUGAUGGUUGCACCACCACUACCUUCUCCACCAACUACUGGCAAUAAGAUUGUCCCAGGUCUCACCUCACCUACCACUAGUAGAGGGCAGCAGCUCACAACAGCUAGAGAAGAGCCCCCCUCACCAGUAUUAUCACACAACAAAACUGCACAACCACAACCUUCUCCAUCAAGUAUAUAUAACAAAUGUGACACUUCUGUUUCAUCAGCCUCACAGCCACCACAGACCAGUGUACCGCUGCCAGAGAUGUCACCUGCCGAUCAUUCAGUAUUAAUGUUGAGGACAAACAGGGUACCAGUGGAGCCUCAAGUUUCUCCCCAGUCUAGUAAAACUUCCCAGGUUGCCAUAUCAGCAAGUGUUACAACUAGUGACACUGUCAGUGGAGCCAAUAAGUGUCCCAGACCACUAGUGUCUCCUCCUGUCAACUCAGUGUUCACAACAAAGAAGAAUGUGAGUCCACCUGUCUCUAACUCUGUUAUGUCUGUAGCCAAGUCAGCCACAACUACAACUAGUCUAAGUUCACUUAACAAGUCUCCUCUCCCAGCGGUGAUGAGUCCCACCAGUCAAAGGGAGUCAUCGCCUCAGCACACUACAGUGGAAGUACCUGAUUCUAAAAUUGAAACCAUUACUGUUGAUGAUAGUGUCAUUCACCAGAAAGAAGAACCUACUCAGAAACGUGUGCCAAUUUAUAUGCAGGAGCCAAAACCCCAGAAAGUUCCUGAGAAGAAAUCUCCAAGAUCUCGAAAAUUGUCUCCACGAUGGAAUAAGGAAAGCCCAAAAACCAGAGAAAAGAAAUCAACAAAGCUGAACAGGGCAUCAUACAAUAAAGGGCGUGGUAGGAAUUCUGGUAAAGGGAAAGGCAGAGGCCAAAGUCCAAGAUUCAAUUCAGUCUCUGUGCCUAAGGAGCUGGUGGGAACAGUAUAUGACUUUGAUUUUGACAACGAAUUUGAUGAUGAUGGUCCAGCCAACAACACGUUAGAUGAUCUUCGAAAAUCUCGUGAAAAACGUCAGUCUGUAGACACAACUCCCCAACAGCAGUCAUCGACACCAACAUACAUGGCUGACCACAAGGAACAAUCUCCCAAGAAGUCUAGUAAAAAGUCUAAAUCAUCAUAUAAGGAUAAGGGGGUUGUUAAGUUAAAUAAUGAUGAUGAUAAAGUUGCCAAAAUACUUGAAGAUUAUAGAAAUAUGCAAAAUUCUCAGUUAAGGAGGAGUGUUCAUUCACCCACACCACCUCAGGGUGAUGCCAUCCCAGAUGAUCCACCAAAAACACCAGACAGAUUACAAAAUCUGCCACAAUUUAGUGCUGAAUAUACUGCAAACAUAUCUGAAAACAAACUUACAAUAUCAAACAUAAGUGAGGCGAGAGACUCGAACCAAACCUCAGAACUUACAGUUAUUCAGAAAGCUGUAGGGGACCACAGUAAAGUCUCUCUCACUGUUCCAACUGCGCAAAUUGGCAUCGAUGAAAGAACGAAUCAGCUAAAACUUAAGAUUAAAGGGCCAUAUGCCAACUCAUACUCAAAUUGCAAUACAGCAGCUCCACCUCAAGAGGCGGUGGGUGCUCCGACACCAAUAUCCACAACUUCAACAUUACGACGAAUGAGGAAAAAGGAACUUAUUCGGCAAUAUUGCUAUCAAGAUCAAAUGCCAGCUGAACCACCAGACUCGGGGCCUAUAAACAAUACCCCAAACCCUCCCCCACAUGUAAGAACUGGCAUCACUAUUCCCAAGGCUGUAGCAUCCAUGACAUCCAUACCAACUCGAGAAGACUACAAGAUGUAUACUCAAGAUGAGCCUCCGAGUACUGCAGCCGGGGGAGGGAGACGGAAAAGACCACCCCGAGAACUUAGACAUUUGAAAGUCUGGACCAUUAGGGAAGAAUCUGGUAAACGCAAUUCAGAAACAACAGAGAGCGGAGAUGCCAGCAGAAAGAGACCAAGAGGUGCCAAAGAGUCCAAGAUCUUGGAGGAGAAGGAUGUCUCGAGUGCCAAACCACCACCAAAACUAAGAAUAAGUUUAGGGAAGAAGGGAAGUGAAGUCAUGACGGUCACUGAUAGUAAAGAACUAGCUGGAAAACAACGACCUCCCAAGAAAAGACUUGCUGAAGAAAACCCCAUGGUUAAAAUUAAGAGUGACAACAUGAAAUUUCGUGAACAAAUUAUGGCUGACUUCGACAAACCUGGGAAGAAGGGUGGACUAAAGGGCUCAGACAGAGACAAAAAAGCCAAGAAGCGUAAGGUAUAUUCGGGUGAGGCUGGUCAUAGCUCCAGUACUGAGAGUAAGGACCUUAACUCUGCUGACAAACAUGACAUUAAAGUAAUAACUGGGGAUAGCACAAAUGCUCCAAAAUUAGUAAUAAGAUUUGGGAAAGGCAAGAGUGAUAAUUCGAGUAAUAUUAAAAAUAUUAAGGGGGAGAUUAAUGAUUCUGGAAUUUCUAAAGAGGAAAGGUUAGAUUCAGACACGAUUAUGCCUCCUUCUUUGAAGAUUCGGCUGUCAUUAACAAAGCCAGAUUCUGAUUCCAAUAAAGAAGAAUCCAGUAUUCCCAAAGUGCCCCUCAAACUAAAAUUGUCCAGACGCUUAGAUGGCUAUGUUGCCUCCAACACCCCUAGAAAGCCUCAUUCUGAUGUUCAAGAUCAAGGUCCAGGUCCUCCUAACCCAAAACCACCUGAUCUACCCCCUGAGUCCCACUUUGAAAAAUCUAUACCUGACAUAACCCCUCCGUCGCCACCGCCUCAACCCAAUCCUCUAAUAGCAAGUGAGUAUCAGGCAGAAUCCAGAUUGUCACAGCAAGAGAACCUUAAUCCACUUGUUGCAACUCCGUACGCUGUUUAUCCUCAAAAAAGUGACCCACCCACUGCAUGUAAUAUACCAGAGCAGUUAAAUAUGGGCCCAGUAGAUUAUGGUCUGGGAGGACUGGGUCCACCGACAAGAUCUGAAAUGCCUGAAGAAAUGUUACAAAGAUUAGAGGCUCAAAUAGCAGCUGCCGGCAGAAAUGUGACCGAAAGUGGAGGCCCGGCCGGUAGCUUAGGGUCUCCUCGACAGCAAUCAGGACCACCUCUGCCAGACGUCCCCUCAAUACACCACACGUUAUACCCGUACAAGGAAGGCUCUGACUGCAGAUGAUAAUUGCUUCUCUUUCUUAGUAAUAACUUAAUAUUUACAAUAAUGUAACAAACUACCAUAAUUAUGUACAAAUGUAGAUACCGUUGGUGUUGCUCACUUGAUGCACUAUGUUAGUUACGCAAGGAUUUAAUCACUUGCAUCUCAUGGGCUGAUUGCAGCCACCAUUUUUGUUCUUUUUUUAUUAAUGUAAUGUUCUGCACUGUCAUUUGUUAGGGAAAAAUACUCGCUCCCCUCAAGGGAAUCUACAAGGGUACAGCUACACUGUUGGCAAUGAUUGUUAAUGUGAUGGGUGAGUCAGGAGGGAGCACCUCUGGCCUCCUCCCCUACAGCCAUGUUAAAAUAGUUGUUCACUCAGUGGGGUCUACCUGGCCCCAACCACCAGAUGUGGUUCCCCUGGUUCACCUGCUCCGCCCUCAAUAGGCUACUUUAGCCAAAUAUCUUGUUUCCUUGCCUGUUUUUACUGUCUUUUUUGUAUGGAAUGUGAGGGUGGUUGUUGUUGAGCAUGACAGUGUGGUGGGCGUGGUGCCCCCAGGCCCCGGCUGGGCCCUUGGACCUCUGACCCUGGGGCCCCGGAUGCCAGACCUGUUGUCCCGGGGAGGACUUGUGUUCCCAUAUUUUGAUAUCUUUUUUACCAUUGUAAAUAGGAAGGAAUGUACAAAUUACUGUAUUUGCUUUUUGUAAUUUUAUUACUUUUGUACAGUUUUUAGUUCUGAUUGCUCAUCAGACAUAACUUAUGUUUUAUCAAAAGUUGGAAUUAUUUAUUUUUUAACUUCUCUAAGUGUCACAAAUUUCCAUGCCAUUACUGUCAUUUAAUAUAUAGAUUUCUUGGCUUUUAAUUCUUGACUUUGUUGUUCGGACAAGUUGUUUCCGUGGAGACUGAGUUGUUUAUCUACUAGAAGGCAGAAGAUUGUAAUAUAUUUCUUGAUUCCUCAACAGAGAAAUAGUCUUGUAAAUCUUAGUGUCAUGUGAUACAUUAAUAUUAUUGAAAUAUAAAUUUUUUAUGUUA